AGCAGGGGAGGCACUGCGCAAGCGCACAGCCAAGAAGCGGGGCCAGGUCGACGUGGGAGGGGCGCGGAGCUGGACCUCCUGCCGCAGGCUUCCGGGCUUCGGGCACCCCGCUUUUACUUUGAACUGCAGCCUCACCAAUGGACCUGAUCGGUUUUGGUUAUGCAGCCUUUGUGACAUUUGGAAGCAUUUUGGGAUACAAGCGGAGAGGUGGCGUUCCAUCUUUCAUUGGUGGUCUUUUUGUUGGAUUUUUGGCUGCCUAUGGAGCUUACCGGGUAUCCAAUGACAAACGAGAUGUUAAACUGUCACUGUUUACAGCUUCCUUCCUGGCCACCAUAAUGGGUGUGAGAUUUAAGAGAUCCAAGAAAGUAAUGCCCGCUGGGCUGGUUGCAGGUUUAAGCCUCUUGAUGAUCCUAAGGCUUGUCCUGCUGCUGCUCUGAGCGUCCAGAGGAGCCGCACUCGAAGUGCUCAUCAUUCCAUGACGACGGGCAGAGCAUAUUCUUUGGACCUUAAAGGAUAAUUCCAACACACAAUGUUAAGUGUUUUAUGUUUGAAACAAAGGUAACACUGUCAUCUUAAAUCAACAGGAGUUUGAGUUUUUUUUUAAACGUAGAACUUUUAAUUGUUUGUAAUUGUCAAGCACUGUUUCCAUUAAAGGUAUUUAAUAAGUCA